AUGAAGUACACCGCAGCAUUAAGCCUGGCCCUCGUGCCCGUCGUUCUCGGCAAGGCCAUCCGCAACGUCUACCCCGUCCGAAGCGAGCUGCAGAAGCCGGACAGCCACAUCCAGCGGAGCAAGGGCGCCAGCUCCGACUCGAGCUCGAGCAAGGGCUCCAGCUCAGGCGCCCUAGCCGGUGCCGGGUCCGAAGCCGGUCUCCUUGUCGAGGCCGGUCUGCUCCUCGGCUCGGGCAAGGAUAUUAUCAUCAUCUGGGCCAACGGCGGCGGCUCGGCCACCACCUCGACAAUCAACCAGGUCCAGACGGUGACGCAGACAGUGACGGCCGGUGCUGCCGCGACAGACAGCACUAAGACCAAGACCAAGGGUUCGGCAGCCGCCGCGACGACCGUGGCCAGCGCAGCGAUGACGACGCACUCCGUCACCGUCGGUGGCCCCAAGGGCCUCGUGUACGAGCCCGACAGCAUCACGGCCAACGUCGGUGACAUGGUUGUGUUCACGUUCCUCAGCCAAAACCACACGGUAACGCAGUCGAGCUUCGCGAAGCCGUGUGUGUCCCUGGUCGGCGGCAUGGACUCGGGCUUCCAGCCGAACAUCAACAAUAGCGUCACUCCGGCGCCCCAGGUCGCCAUGCAGGUGAUGGUGUCGACGCCUCUCUGGUUCUACUGUGCCCAGGUGAAGCACUGCGGUCUCGGCAUGGUCUUCUCCAUCAACCCCACCGCCAACAAGACCCAGGCCAUCUUCCAGGAGAUGGCCAUCGCCCAGAACGGCACCGGCACCGGCUCCGCCAUCACGGGCGGCUCCACCACGUCCAGCGCCGCUGUCGCCGGCAGCACGUCUUCUGCCGUCGCUGCUGGUGGUGCUGCUGCUGGCGGUGCUUCUGGUGCUGCUGCUGCUGGUAGUGCUGCUGCUGGCGGUGCUUCUGGUGCUGCUGCUGCUGGUAGUGCUGCUGCUGGCGGUGCUGCUGCCCCUUCGGAUGCGGCCACUGCUGCUGCUACCGCCACCAUUGCCAGCGUGGCUACGGCUGCCGGCAGUGCAGCCACUGGCGUCGUCACCGGCGUCGGCUCCACCAACUCCGACGGCUCGUGCUCGUGCGUCGUCCAGUGCGCCGCCGGCUCGUUCCCGGCUGCACAGGCACAAGGCCUCGGCGGCUUUGGCGGCUUCGCCGGCGGCAUGCCGUCUGUCGCAGCGCUCAGAUGA